UCGAAAGCCCCACCGGUCGCUACUCUCAGCUGUUCUGUUUUCGGUUCAUUUUUUUCCAGUCAGGUGACUUGAAAAUCUUAAAUAAAACUCGCUAUGGGAACUGGCAAGAAGAACUACCAGGCGCCGGAGUGGCUCACCGCCGACUUCCUGCAGGAUGUGCUCAAGGAGCACUUCAAGGAGGAGCAGCUGGCGGUGACAGAGCUCAUUGUAAAGAGCGUCCAAGUAGGAGACCACGCCGUCGGAUUCGCCAGCGAAAUGCACAGGGCCAGCUUCAAUUUGCAGAGGGGCUCAGCGGCCAAGAGCAAGUUCUCGGUGAUUGUGAAGGACCAUCCCAAAGGACAAACCGGGGCAGUAGCUCAGCGAAGCAAGCUCUUCAAGCGCGAGAUCCUGGCCUACAAAGAGGUACUGCCUAGGGUCCAGGAGCUACUUCAGUCGAUUGGGGAUUCAACAAAAAUUGCGCCAACCUGCUACUACACCACCGAAACACCCGAGCCCUUUCUGAUUCUCGAGGAUAUGCAGCAGUCCGGCUUCGAGAACUUCGAGCGAGGUCGUCUCCUCAAUUUGGACUACGUGCUGCCCACCAUCACCAAGGUGGCGAAGCUGCAUGCCUGCAGCGCCGUCAUCGCCGCUCAGAAUCCUCAAGUGCUGGAGUUUUUCGACGAGGCUCCGAUCUCCAGGAAUCCCGAUCGCCGUGACUUUCUCACCUUCUUCCCCGUAAACAUUCGCUGCGUGGCCGAGGAAGUGGCCCACUGGAAGGGCUACGAGGAGAUAACCGAAAAGAUGUUCAAGCUGGCCGAGAACGUGCUCCAGAACGCCAUAAGCAUGUUCGAGUCCUCCAGUACGGGUUUCCGGGUGUUUAAUGUGACAGAUUUGUGGAUCAACAAUCUGAUGUUCCACAUCAACAACGAGACCAAGGAACCUGACGACGUUGUUACGUUGGACUACCAAUUGGCUUACGUUGGCUCCCCGGCCAUAGACCUGAACUAUUUCCUAUUCGGUUCGAUGAAUGAAUGUGUGCGAAAGGUCCACUACAAAUUCGUUGUCCGAGAAUAUCAGCGCGUGCUGCAGGAGACUUUGGAGAAGCUAAACUACCAGGGACACAUUCCAAGCCUUAAGGAGAUCCACAUUGACCUUAUCAACACCAGUCUAAUGGGUGUUAUCGGGGCCACUUGCCUGACGCCUCUUAUAUUCCGAGAGGGCGCCGGUUUUGAGAACCUCGAGGAUCUGAACUCUCGCACUGAAAGUGGUGAUCAAUUCCGCCGGGAGAACGUGGAGAAUCCCAAGUACCGGGCAUUCUUGCAACGUACAUUAAAGGAGUUUGAGCUUUCCGGUUUCUUGGAUUUUUAG